ACCAACGGAAAAUUUCCAUGCGCAAUUUUUUUUACACGUCGUUCGACGACGGCAUAGGAAUCGUUGGCUUUCGAAAGUUUCGCCACAUUUGCUGUCAAUUUUCGUUUAAUUUGAAGGAAGCUACUUUCAUCACGGCGUUGACCGGCUUACCAGUCGCGAGAAUCCCCCCUACUAUGCGAAGAUGGAGCUUCCUGGGGUGGUCACCGAGGGGAGCCAGCUGACACACUACGAGGGCACCGAGAAACUCCUGGAAAUUUGGUUUGAGCCCCUCCGCCACCGCAAUGGUGACAUACACGGCCAAGGCACCCCCGACCUGAAGGUCAUUCCCAGAGAACGCUUAGUUGAGCUUAUGAAGUUAGUUCAUUGUGAAAUUGUCAGUGAGAAGUGCAGAGACGAGCACCAUGCUUACGUGUUAAGCGAGAGCAGCAUGUUCCUGUCCAAGGAGCGGUUUAUCCUGAAGACGUGCGGCACCACCACCUUGCUCAGUGCCAUCGAACCCAUCUUGAAGCUGGCCAAAGAUUUCUGCGGCUUCACUUUCAAGACCGUCUUCUAUUCCCGAAAGAAUUUCUUUCGUCCCGAGCUGCAGGAAGUCCCCCACCGCAACUUUGAAGACGAAGUCCACUACCUGGACACCCUCUUUGAUUGCGGAGCUGCAUACAUGCUGGGUAGAAUCAAUGGAGAUUGUUGGCAUCUAUACACCCUAGACAUCUGCAACGGUCAGAAUCAACCUGAUCAAACACUGGAGAUCCUGAUGACCCAGCUUGACCCCAGCAUCAUGAAGCACUUUAAGGACACGACGGGACGCAAGGCCGCAGACGUCACCAAGGCCUCCGGAAUAGCAGACCUCUUGCCCGACUGUCAGAUUGACGACUUUCUGUUUGAACCCUGCGGCUAUUCCAUGAAUGGACUGCUGCCCAAGGACGGCUAUAUGACGAUCCACGUCACUCCAGAGGAGGAGUAUUCCUACGUCAGCUUCGAGACCAACAUCGAGCUGGAGGACUACGGUGAUUUGGUGAACAAGGUCCUAACGACGUUCAAUCCAGGAAAGUGCGUCAUGACGCUGUUUGCAAGCAAGACGGCAAAAUGUGGCACCAGCAUGAAAGCCCUCAGCGAGACGUUUCUGGACAAGUACCGCCGCCACGAUCGCCAGUUCUCACAGUUCCAGACCUACGACCUCACCUUCGCGACCUACAUCCGCGAUAAAAAGGUCUAAACAGACAAUGGUGUCUCUGCCCUGGCAAAAGUGCAGAAUUCUAUGGGGACGUAGGAAGAAAGUCUUGGUGUAGAGUAAGAAUUUAAACAACGGACAAUAAGCAAAAAGAAUAUGAAUAUGAAAUAACUUUGUUGAUGUGUAGUAAAGAUAAGAUAAUUACACAGUGAACAUAAAAAUUUUAAAGUACUAUUUUGCCUUUUUUUUCUUUGAUCUUUUUACGCAAAUGGUAGAAGGAAAACUUACUUUCUACAACUUCUGUAUAUAAGCUGAAAAAAUUAUGGUGUCAGUAUUUUAGUAAAAGUUUAGCAAUUUCAAAACCAUCCUGCUUUUAAAAAGCCCUUCAAUUCAUUAAAAAUCUAAUUUUAAAAAGGAAUUUUCUGUUGGGCAUGGUUUGCAAGAUUUCAAGAUCACGGAUUAUUGUUUAACUAACAUGGUUGUCUUUAAAGAAAGUUGAACUAAAAAAAAUCUUAUUUGGUGUCUUUAAAAAUUUAAACCAAAGCAACGUUUUUAAAGAGUCAGUGCAAUUUUCAGCGCCCAAGCAUUUUUUGUUAUAUUUUCAUCUCCAAUUCAAAUUGGUUGGCAUUUUGCAGAAAUCUCAUCUAAUAAGGGCCGCCUUCACUUUUUAUCUCCCUUGCUUUUAGGCCAAGAAAGGGGGAUCUUGCGACAGUGUAUUUCUUCUGUUUGUCCAUUUGUUCCAGGUUAGGUUAACUGUUUAGUGCUGUUAUAUGAAAAGUCAGACUUCAGUCUCAACCAAACUUGGUGACAAUAAUCUUUGGGUAGGGGACUUGAGAUGACUUGAGACUUUUGAGGUCAAAGGUCAUCUAGGGGUCAUAUGAGGUCAUUGUUGUUUUGGUUAGGUAAACUCAAAACUUCUGUCAUAUGAAGUCAGACUUCACUCUCAACCAAACUUGGUGACAAUAAUCUUUGGGUAGGGGACUUAAGAUGACUUGAGACUUUGGAGGUCAAAGGUCAUUUAGGGGUCAUGCGAGGUCAUUGUCAAUUUUGGUUUAUUAGGUAAACUCUAAACUUCUGUCAUAUGAAGUCGGACUUUACUCUCAACCAAACUUGGCGACAAUAAUCUUUGGGUAGGGGACUUAAAGAUGACUUGAGACUUUUGAGGUCAAAGGUCAUCUAGGGGUCAUGCAAGGUCAUUGUCGAUUUUGGUUUAUUAGGUAAACUCAAAACUUCUGUCAUAUGAAGUCAGACUUUACUCUCAACCAAACUUGGCGACAAUAAUCUUUGGGAAGGGGGACUUAAGAUGACUUGAGAAAUUUGAGGUCAAAGGUCAUAUAGAGGUCAAAUGAGGUCAUUGUUGAUUUUGGUAAGGUACACUGAAUAGUGUGCUAACUAACUGACUGUAUAUAUGCUGCCAGCAUGCCGGGGGAUCGCGCGUUUAACUUGCAGUAUUUUUUUUUUAUAUUGGAAAGGAAUUCCCUGUGUAUGUAUUUUCAUUCACAAAUUUUUUGGCAGUAAUCGUUUCAUUUUACAAUUUUCGCUGAAUGUAAAUCUCAUUCUCGUUACCCCUUGCAAAUUUGCAGAUUGUGGAAAAUUUCAGCUUUCAGUAUGUUUAUUGUUAGUAUUUAAAACUGCCAUAUUUAAAAAAACCCAGCAUUUUCUCAUUAACAUUUAUGUGUAAUGUCAUUGCACAAGUCCAUUUGGGGUUUUUUUUUUGCUUUGAAAGUAUCAAGAAAUUGCAUGCAGAAAAUUCUGCAUGUCGAAUUCAAGGUGUAUUUUUGUGAGUCUUGUAAACGAUAUUUGUGUUACUCAACAAUUAAACAUUAAGUGACAUGAAGCAGUCGGAACUGGGUUGCUUCAGAAAGUUUGAAACCUUAACGUUUGUCACUUUGCUGUUUUUGCGGCACAGAAUAAACACAAAAAAUCAAAUCUGUACAGAA